GUGUGCCUUAAAGAAAUACUUACUUACCUCGAGGACAAAUAUCAAAGACCAGCACAAAACAGGGACAGAAGUGCAAAUUGCCCUGUAAAACCACAACAUCGGGCAGCCGGUCCAUUCAUACAUCGUCCCGUCUCCCGUUCGACUUUGCAGUAGUACGAGGAGUGGAGAGAACUGACAAGUAUGCGAAGCUAACCAAAAAUCUUUACACAUUCCAUUUUUUGCUCUAUCUAUCUUUGCCUUAAUCAUGAAAGCAACUAAUUUCAAUGCUUUUACUCAAUUUCGUUUCCUAUUAUUCAAUUCUUCUAAAGCCCUUGUUAUCCCCUUAAACCCCACCAGAUUCAGAUUCCUCACCAUAUCUGCAGCUGCUGCUUUACCUUCUCUUCCUGAAACCCUACAAGAAGACCAAACAGAAGACCAAAUAAAAGAACCCCUCAGUACUACUACUUCCAAACAACCAGCAGAUUUGUUUAGGCAAAUGGGUUGUACUGAAGAUGACAUUUCCAAGAUUUUCCAACGCCGUCCAUCUUUACAAAAAAUGGACGUUAAAAACCUUCAUUCAAAGCUCAAAAUACUCACUGAUUUAGGUAUACCUUCAUCUGACUUAACCAAAAUCCUUAAUUGUCGUCCUCGUUUCCUUAAUUGUCGGAUUAAUCGUUGUUUAGAUGAACGUCUUGAGUUUUUUCAAUCUUUGUUUGGUACUAAAGAAGUUCUUCUUAAAGCCAUUGUAAGAAACCCGUCUUUGCUUACUUAUGAUUUUCAUAAACAGAUUAAACCAACUGUUGCGUUUUAUGAACAGUUGGGUCUUAGUAGAAGUGAUUUAAUUUCAAUGCUAUUAGCUAGACCAACUUUGAUACCGAGAAGUUGUUUGGAUGACGAAAAAAUGGAUUAUGUAAGAAGAACCGGGGUCGUAAAGGGUACUAGGAUGUAUAAACAUGUGAUUACAUUGUUUGCUAUUUCGCGUUCGGAGACUAUACGUGAAAAGGUGGCUAAUUUGGAGAAACAUGGUUUUACUGAAGAUGAGGUUUUUAGGCUUUUCGGAAAGUCUCCUUUUUUGGUAACAUUGUCUGUCGAUAAGGUUCAGAGAAACAUGACGUUUAUAUUGGGUACGAUGAAGCUUUCUGCUAAUUUGGUUCUUGAUAACCCAUGUUUGUUGUUCUUGAAUUUGGAAACUGCUAUAAAGCCGAGGUAUUAUUUAGGGCUAAAGAUAGAUGAUAUGGGUCUGGAACCUCGAGUGACCGGUCCUUCAUUGUUAAGAGCAAUGAGGAUGACAGAAAAGCGGUUCAUUAAGGCCUUUAUAAAUUGCCAUCCGGAAGACGUGGCUAAUGAAUUGAUGGAGUGUUAUAGAAGCGUUAAAUGUGUUAGAAGGUUGGCGGAAUCCUCCAAGAAACAUGAAUGCAAAGGAUUUCCCUUUUGAACAUAUGUUCCAACAGAGACAUUCGAUUCUAUUUGUUAUUGAAUUCCUUCAUUUUUCAUUGAGAAAAUGUAGAUUAUACCUGUAUCAUCGACUUGCUGGGGAUGUUUGAUUGUUGUUUUGAAGUAUAGUCAAUAAGAAUGAUAUUCUGUUGUGCAAGAUAUUAGUUGGAGUAGAGCUGAAAUUACCCAAAAAAGAAAAAAGAAAAAAAAGAAAAAAAGAAGAACUAUUCGAAGCUUUCAGACUGCUGCAAAUUGCCCACGUCUCACCAGAUUUGCUCUUCACGCUCCUAAGUUUGUAGGUGUCUUUCUAUUGAUUUUCUCCUUCUAUAUGUUCCUUUUUUUCUAGUAUUGAAAUGAAAUGAACUCAAUAGAGAAGAAAGAUAAAAAAUUAUAUAACUGAUUUGAACUAAUUUGUGUUUGAGGUGUACUUGAUUGAUAAAUUUAUCUGUCUUUUUACUAAUUUUGGGUCAAUAAUGUGGCUUUUUCCUUUUAAAUAAGAUUAAUAAAGUUCAUGUUUUUUCUGCGGAUUAGCUGAGUUUACCAUGUCUUUUCUUGGAUUUUUAAGUACCCAGAAUAUAAAAUUGUUGGGAUCCGUCAACAUUAAGCUUUGCUUAUGGUGUAGAAGACUUCAAGUUCCUACUUUUCCUCAGCAUCAUUCUGAUGGAGUUAACUGGUCUUAAUGAUAUGCUGAAGACUGCCCAAACAAACAGCUGGAUAAAGGGCUUCAACGUUUCUACCAGGUCUGGUGAUAACUUGGAAAUAUCUCAUCUACAGUAGGCAGACGACACUCUGAUAUUCUGUGAUUCGGAUAUUGAACAAUUGAAAAUUCUGAGGGUAAUAUUUAUUUUGUUCGAGGCUAUUUCUGGGUUACACAUCAAUUGGAAUCAGAGUUUCUUAUAUCCUGUUAAUGAGGUAACAAAUAUAAAUAUGUUGGCUGGAAUACUUGGAGGAAAAGUUGGUGAGCUUCCCACAAUAUACUUGGGUAUGCCACUGGGGCAAAGAGCAAGUCCACGGAGCUAUGGAAUAGUGUCUUGGAAAAAUGUGAAAAGAAGCUGGUGAAUUGGAAGAGUCAAUACCUCUCUUUGGGGGGUAGAUUGACUUUAAUAAAUAGUGUGUUAGAUGCUUUGCCAACUUAUAUGAUGUCUAUUUUCCAGUUCCUAUAAGUGUAGUGAAAAGAAUGGACGCUCUAAGAAGAAACUUCUUGUGGCAAGGCAACUGUGAUUCUAAAAAAUUCCAUCUGGUUAAAUGGAAUGCACAUACUGUUAGCAAGAAGGAUGGGGGCUUGGGAAUCAGAAAUAUGAAAAUUCAGAAUCACAAUCUCAUGAUGAAGUGGCCGUGGAGAUUUGUAUCAAAUGAACAGUCCUUGUGGAAAAGCGUUAUCAGUCAGAAAUAUGGCAUGGAGGGAAAUUGGAUGACAAAGCCAGUAGUCAGCCCAUAUGCUGUUAACGUUUGGAAAUCAAUCAGGAAUCUUUGGCCAAAGUUCAAGAACAACUCUUAUUUUAAAGUAGGAAAUGGUGGGAGGAUAUCUUUCUGGGAAGACAAUUGGUUAGGGCAAAGAUCAUUAAAGGAACUAUUUCCAGAUGUUUAUAAUUUGUGUCAGCAACAAAAUUCAACUGUUGGAGAGGUAUGGGACACCAAGGUUGGAGAUUGAGCUACAGGAGAUUGCUUAAUGACCGGGAGAUUGACAGUAUAACCGGAUUCUAUCACACUUUGGAACAGGUCAAAGGUGUUUCCACAUCUGAAGACUCUGUACUAUGGUCAAGUAAUAGCCAAGGUACUUACACUGUCAAAGGAGCUUACAGAGAAUACAAUGUCUCAAACAAUCAGAUUGACUGCUGGCCUUGGAAACUGAUUUGGAAGGUCAAAAUCCCCUAUAAAGUAGCAUGCUUUACUUGGCUACUAGCUAGAAUGCUGUGCUAAGGAUAAUAUAGCAAAAGGAAUAUAGAUCUGUGUUCAGCAUGCUUUCUAUGUGGAGAGGAGGCAGAGACAAUCAAUCAUCUUUUUUUACACUGCAAAACCACAAAGCUGUGGAGGAUCUUCAUCAACCUGAAAGGACUUAUGUGGGUAAUGCCUAGAAGUAUUCUGGAGACUUUAGAGAAUUGGAAUAGCUACAGUAGCCUAGCUAUUGAAAAGGAAAGAUGGAAAAUUGUCCCUGCUUGUAUUUGGUGGACAGCGUGGAAGGAAAGGAAUCAACGAUGCUUUGAAGUCAAAUGUAGCUCCGUCCAGAACUUGAAGAUGAAGUGCUUAGUUUUGUUUUGUUUUCUUUUUGGUGUAAACAUGAAUAUAAGGAAGAUCAUGAAACAUUUGUAGAUGUUAUAGGAACCUUGUGAACGAAAGGAAUAGGAGACUGAUGUAUAGCAUUUUGUAAUUACUUUGGACUGCAUUAACUUGGUGCAGUUUUUUUUCUGGAUAUAUAAAACAGUUGCUACCUUCUCAAAAAAGAAAAUGUUGAUACUGAUUUGCCUCUUAUUUAA